UGUUUGUACAGGUAACUUCAGUAUGAUCGGAGAUGACCUAGUUAACUCGUACCACCUUCUGCUUUGCUGUCUGGACCUGGUGUUUGGAAAUGCUCUGCUCUGCUCCAACAGGAAGGACCUCAUCAACCCCACAUUCAGAGGUCUGCCGGCUCUGUACCGCGCUGACGGCCACGUUUCAGCGGACGAGCCUCCCCCGUGUGUGUUGGAGAGGUUGUGUGAGCUGCACGACGGGCUGGUGGUGGAGGCCAAAGGCAUCAAGCAGCACUACUUCAAACCCUACAUACAGAAACUGUACCAGAAGCAGAUCCUGAAAGGCAACGAGGUCCAUUUGACAGAACUGUUGGAUCCUCAGAGCUUCGUUGAUAACAAUAAAGCCAUAAACAGGGAGUAUGAGGAGUACGUGUUGACGGUGGGGGAUUUUGAUGAGCGGGUGUUUCUGGGAGCCGAUGCCGACGAGGAAAUCGGGACUCCAAGGAAGAUUGUUCAGGAGUCUUCUGCCAGCCAGACGAACGCUCAGAGACAGCUGCAGCAACAUGUAGAGAAGUCUGGCUCUCUCGCUCCCUCCACCCCUCUGACGGGACGAGUCUACCUGAAGGAGAAGGACCUGCUGGUCACACCCGUCUCCUCGGCGACGCAGAGUGUCAGCCGGCUGCAGAGCAUGGUGGCGGGGCUGAGGGCGGCCCCCAGUGAAAACCUGCUUCACGUCUUCAAGUCUUGCUCCAGAAAUCCCACAGAGUCCAUACAGAGCAGAGUCAAGACACUGGGACAAACCUUCAAAGAACAUUACACCAACGACUCCGAGGACAUGCCCGGCUCUCAUAUAGACUUUGCAGAGAACCGUUUAAAACUGGCUGAGAUCCUGUACUAUAAGAUCCUGGAGAACGUGAUGGUGCAGGAGACCAAACGGCUGCAAGGCAAAGACAUGAGUGUGUUAUUGGAGCAGGAUAUCUUCCACUGCUCCCUGAUGGCAUGUUGUCUGGAGGUGGUGUUGUUCUCCUACAGCUCCCAGAGAACCUUCCCCUGGAUCAUCAACAUCUUCAAGCUGACCCCAUUCUACUUUUUUAAGGUGAUCGAGGUGUUUAUCCGCUCAGAGGAAGGCCUGUCCAGAGACAUGGUGAAGCACCUGAACCUGAUCGAGGAGCAGGUUCUGGAGAGCAGAGCGUGGAGCGCAGACUCUGCCCUGUGGAGCGUCUUGCAGGCUGCUGGGAACAAGGUCCCCACGGUGGAGGAGGUAAAUUUUUCCUCCAGUCUGGACUCUGGUUCUGGUUCUACCAGCGGAGGUCAGUCCCACCUGCCUCUAGUUGCCCUCUCCCCAAUCAUCCACCCCCGCAUCAGGGAGUUCAGAUCAGGCCUGGGCAGUGCACGCAAAGAUGUGCCUCCCUCUCCGCUUUCAGUCCAUGACAGGUACAGUUCCCCGGCAGCUGGCAGCGCUAAACGACGGCUCUUUGGGGACGACCCUCCAGCCCGAACCCCAGGGGUGGUCCCCCUCGGGAGCCCGAUGACAUCACCGGCCAAAAGGUUGACCUACGGCUCAAGCAGCACCCUGAGGAUCGGACCUCAGGGCGCCCCUGCCACCGUCCUCAGUUUCCCACUGCAAGGUUUGAAUAACGACCGCACUAUCACACUGAUCCCGGUUCAGCCGUGCGACUCCUCUGGUACCAUCACGGCUCAGUUCCUGCUGACCGCCUCGCCGAGCCGCGCCACCAUCGCCUCUGCUGCUCCCCCAGCCUCCGACCCCCAGGCAGGCAUCAGCCGGCCGCGACGUACCGGCUCACUCGCUCUGUUCUUCAGGAAGGUGUACCACCUGGCCAGCGUACGUCUGAGGGACCUGUGUGUGAGGUUGGACGUCUCGUCGGAGCUGCGAGGGAAAAUCUGGACGUGCUUUGAGCACGCUCUGGUGCACUGCACUGGUCUGAUGCGGGACCGCCACAUCGACCAGCUGCUGCUGUGCAGCGUCUACAUCAUAUCCAAAAUCACCAAAGAGGCGGUCACCUUCCAUGACAUCAUGAAGUGUUAUCGCAGCCAACCACAGGCCAGCAGCCAUGUGUACCGCAGCGUGUUACUGCGAUGCACCCCCAUGGAGCAGGUAACCGAUGAGAACAUGGAGGUGGAUCCUGUUUCGGGCGGCGAAUCCGCAGAGAAACCCAAUCCGGUCCCAGGAGACACAAACUCAGACCAAUCAGGGGAGGAGGAGCGUGGCGACCUCAUCCAGUUCUACAACAACGUCUACGUGCUGAAGAUGAAAAGUUUCGCUCUGCGUUACGCCACCCACGAUAACCGGACGGACGCUCCUCCUCUCUCUCCGUUCCCAUCGGUUCGGGCUCAGCCUCUCUCUCCUCGUCGGGUUUCUCAGAGACACUCGCUGUACGUUUCCCCUCACAAGAACUCUGCAGGCUGCCUCACACCCAACUCCUACACCUACAGGAUCAACAGCAGCCCGUCCAAGGAGUUAUCCGACAUCAACCGGAUGAUCCGGCAGGGCUCGCUGAGCCGGAAGAGGGCCUUCGCUAUGGAGGGGGAUGUGAUGAUGUCAUCGGUGUGCGACUCCCCCAGUAAGAGGGCGUGUCCAGAGAGCGCCAGCAGCCCCGACGUGCUGCUGAAGAUGCUGCAGGACGUCGUGUCGGAGCGCCAGAGCCACUGACGGAACGCCAGGCGCACAAUCACGGAAAAACAUUGGAAUGAAUUAAGUUUCAUUACAGAACUGUUCCUCGCUUUAAAAAGCUAAACGUUAAUGACGAAAGGAGACAAUAAGAGUCUUUUUUCAUCACUGAUGUGCGUAUUAGCUCCGACCUUUUUUAAUAUUUUAUGACCUAAGGGUCAUAGAACCGGAGCAGCAAAUAAUGG